UUGGUAAUUUAAAAGCUGCGCGACGACAUUGAAAACUUGGUCAUCCUUUACUUCUUCAUCCCGAUCAAUCCUACUCCUUUGUAACAAACCGUGAAGUCGCCUCGAGAUUUUUGUAACCGUAGGGAACAGUUAGAUGGAUAACAACAAUUGGAGGCCUUCAGGAGACCAACAGAGACAACAACUGUAUCAAUCCCAAAGAACCCUUCCGGAGAUUCCAUCAUACUCCACGGCACAGACGGAAAGUGGAAAUGCGGUUGAUUGGCAAGAGGAGGUUUUCCAAAAGAUCAAAACUAUACAAGAAGCGUACUUACCUGAUCUUGCCGUAAUCUAUCAGAGAGCUGCAUCCAGGGUGCAGCAAAUGGGUUCUCUUCCGCGGCAACGAAGAUCAGAGCAGUUUGAGAAAUUGAAACAGUUCAAGGCAGCGGUGGAGCGAAUGAUACUAUUCCUAUCGGUGUCAAAGAGAGAUGUCAUACCUGCAUUAAGGGAUAAGGUGGCUAUCUAUGAGAAGCAGACUAUAGAUUUGGUAAAUAUGCUAAGGCCGAGGAAUCCAGUUCAGCAAGGGGAGCUUCCCCAACAAUCAUCUCAUGUUGUGUUUUCUUCUCAAGGCCAACAGUCACAAAAUCAGCCAUCCCAGCAGCAGCUGAUGAUGCCCCUUCAGUCGCAUCAUCAGCAGUUACAACAACCUAAUCUGCUACAAAGGCUACAAUCUUCAGGCCAAUUCACAGGUUCCCUGCUUCCACCUCAAAAUGUAGUGGACCAACAGAGACAACAACUAUAUCAAUCCCAAAGAACCCUUCCGGAGAUUCCAUCAUACUCCACGGCACAGACGGAAAGUGGAAAUGCGGUUGAUUGGCAAGAGGAGGUUUUCCAAAAGAUCAAAACUAUACAAGAAGCGUACUUACCUGAUCUUGCCGUAAUCUAUCAGAGAGCUGCAUCCAGGGUGCAGCAAAUGGGUUCUCUUCCGCGGCAACGAAGAUCAGAGCAGUUUGAGAAAUUGAAACAGUUCAAGGCAGCGGUGGAGCGAAUGAUACUAUUCCUAUCGGUGUCAAAGAGAGAUGUCAUACCUGCAUUAAGGGAUAAGGUGGCUAUCUAUGAGAAGCAGACUAUAGAUUUGGUAAAUAUGCUAAGGCCGAGGAAUCCAGUUCAGCAAGGGGAGCUUCCCCAACAAUCAUCUCAUGUUGUGUUUUCUUCUCAAGGCCAACAGUCACAAAAUCAGCCAUCCCAGCAGCAGCUGAUGAUGCCCCUUCAGUCGCAUCAUCAGCAGUUACAACAACCUAAUCUGCUACAAAGGCUACAAUCUUCAGGCCAAUUCACAGGUUCCCUGCUUCCACCUCAAAAUGUAGUGGACCAACAGAGACAAACCCUUCCAGAGAUUCCAUCCUCAUUGUUAAACUCCAUGGCACAGACGGAAAGUGGAAAUUCUGUUGAUUGGCAAGAGGAGGUUUACCAAAAGAUCAAAACUUUGAGAGAUACGUACUUAUCAGAUCUAAAAGAAGUCAAACAGAGAGUUGCAGCCAAGUUGCAGCAAAAUUCUUUUCCGCAUCAACAAAGAUCUCUGCAGUUUAAUAGAUUGAAACAAUUAAAGACAAUGUUGGAGCGAAUGAUACAAUUCCUAUCCGUUUCAAAGAGAAAUAUAAAACCUGCAUUAAAGGAUAAGGUGGCUUCUUAUGAGAGGCAGAUUAAACGUUUCGUAAAUAUGCACAUGCCGAGGAAGCCAGUUCAGCAAGGGCAGCUUCCGCAACCUCAGAUGCAGCCUGUGAAGCAACAGUCAUCUCAGAACGGUAAUCUUGCCAUAAACAGAGGUGACUGGAGAGCUCUACAUCCACCAGGUUCACGCCAGAAGAAUGUCAACACGCUAUUGGAAACACUGAAGAAACAUGUUCCAUAUUCUGGGGAAGAAGGAAUCGAAGAGCUCAUGAGAAUUGCUGUGAGCUUCGAGGAGUUGAUUUUCAACACCGCGAAAAAUCAGAUGGACUACUUUUGCAAAAUAUCCUUGAAGAUGCAGAGUAUGAAAGAGGAAAGCUAAAGCCAAAUAAGGGGGAAGGCAAGUGCAUGUACAUAUUUGUGUAUAAAGAAGAAACCUGCAAGAGGCAUGAAGCCAUGACUAAACAUGUCAAGUGUGAUUUCUAGUUUCUUAGUAACAGUAGCAAACGAAAAAGAAUCUCUCUUCCUUUUUCUGGUGGAAACAAAAACUAAGUUAUCACUUAUUUUGAUAAAAGAAAAUAGAGUUAUCACUUAUAAAUAGGUUUAUGUAACUCUUAAUAUUCAUUUAUUUCGUUUUGAUUGAUUGGUUGA